GUCAGACUCUGUGAAGACACGAGCGUGUGUCAGUAUGCUGUUGGUUGUGAUUCUGACUCUGGUUCAGAUGAAUGAAGCUCACGCUCAGGAUCCUCGAUGGCCGCUUCACACAGUCUGCGACUCUGAAAGAAUCACGGUGACCUACAGGAGCUGCGACCCUUUGCAGGAUGUAGGUUUUACUUUCCUGCCUUGCCCUGAGAGAUUAACCGAUGUUGUAAAAAUCAGAUUGGCCUUGAUUCUGAGGAGGUCCAUCGAUGAGCUUUAUACAUCAUACGAGCUGUUGCUCAAUGAUCACCCGAUCCUGAAGCGGGACGAGCCCCUCUGUCUUCCUCAGUUCCCACGUUUUAAGUUUUGUGGAAGCAGGAGAGGAGAAAUCAUCACCGUCGAGUCAUCAUUUAAGUCAAAAAUAAAUCUUCCUCUAAAGGCUGAUUUUGAUCUUAAACUACGUGCAAUAAAUCAAGAAGGCUUCCUGAUCGCCUGUGUGAAUGCAACUCUCAACUUUCAUUGAUCCUUUAAGAGCAGAGGACCUGUGCUUCAGCUGAGAGCAACUGUACAAUCUAUUACACUGUGGUAAUUGCAAGUUGUUGAACUCAGCUGUUAAUCGUAUAUUACUGCAUUUCAGCAAAGGAAUGUUUAAGUUAUUUUUGUUGUUCCUCAAUGUAGAGUUAUGGGAAAUGUACAGAGUGAGUGUCGGCGUAUGUUCAGGAUUUUUGAUGCUUUCAGGUGAUUUUUGCCCUGGUCUCAGACCAUUGCUCUUUUAAAACUAUAAGAAUCCAUUAAAAACAAAAUGCAAACAGAAAAAAAGGGAUGUAAAAAAGCAGUGAACAAAAUAUCUAGAUUCAAUAUUUAUUUUGUGAAAAUUAUUUUAGUAAAAAAAAACAAAAAAAAACUUUUUCUCCUGAAACUACGGAGGACAUUUUCAGUGAAAAGCAUGAUUGAAAUACAGUAUGAGACUGUCAAUAAAAUAAAGAAACAUAUCUUUAUUAUGUUUCAUUUUCAAACAAGCUGGAAUUUCCUUGAAAAUAUUAUUUAUUAAUUUAUUUUAGGAGACCUAAAAUGUCCAGCUAUGAAAUUAGCCAAAGAAAAAAAAGACCUAAAAUGUCCAGCUAUAAUUAAUAAAAAAUAAAAUAAAUUUACAAACACAAACACAAAUGUUAAAGAUUUCCAUCAUAGAAAAACAACAACAGAUGUUAUGAAUUACAGUGGAAAUAAAACUGCAGUGGAAAUUUUCCUUCCUAGAAAGCCUGAAAUUUAGAAUUAAUAAAAACUAAUGCAUUAUCAUAAAAAAUAUUACAUUUUGAUAAUACCUUAAACUUAAAAAUGAAAACGAAACAUAUUUUUUAAAAUAUUCAAAAUGUGAAUACAAAGUAUUAUAGUAUCUGAGUGAUGCUAAAAUAACACAGCAAAAGUAUUUUCACACACAAGUCUCACAAGUUCAAAUGUAUCACAGCGCAGUUCUGUCUGUCACCAGUAGAUGGCGCCAUCAUCUCUUCUGACCCUGUUCUGCUGCUGCACUCUCAUCCUCUCACAGACAGAUGCACUGCAUCGACUUCAUGUCCUCUCGAAAAUCACUUUCGUUUGUUAUAUCAUUCUAGAUUUUGUCUCAAGAACGUACUGAAACUAAGUUAAUGUAUCGGCCUACUGAAUGAAGAAGUGAAAAGUGGAACUUUUUUUCAAUUGCACAAGAUAUUAUACACCAUAUUUAAUUGCAAGCAACACAAGCAAAUACAAAGUGUUUGCCCAUUCAUAAUGACAGCACACGCAUUCAUCACAUACCUUCCAUUCAUCUGGAGUGAUGAGACCUGAUAAUCUAGAGACACACAGUCCUAAUGUACACAUGAAAUAUUAAAGAGGCAGGUCUGGUUGAAGUGUCCGUAUGCCCGUGUCUUCUCUCUUCCUCAGAGAUGAAUCUGCCUCCUUCUCUAUUUCACAUACAUUUCACUUCAUACAGACCAGAACUUCCAUCCCCAAAGCCCGGAAAAAGCAUUGCAUAAUCCUUCUGAGUUAUACAUCACAUGCUUAUACUUCAGUAAACCGUGCACUUUCUGAGAAAAUGAACAUGUAAACAUAGCCCAGUUUGGGAAAUUCAUUUAGUUAUUUCUGUGCUUGAAAGACGAGCUGUUUCAUCAUCCGUUUCGAUGCGUAAUACAAAGUCAGGCUUUUAUUCUAUUUUGUCAAAGCUAGCUAGAAAAUUCAAAAAGAAGUUUAGAGCCACUGAAAGACAUUAGACAUCUAACAAAUGUUAUUCCAGUGAUGUUAGCACAAAACAUGAUAUAGUUUAUAUUUGAUGUGUAUCUAUUUUUAUUAUCACUUCUUUCAGAAUGUUCAGAGAACAUUCAAACGUAACAUUCUCACAAUCUUUUCAAACCUAUAGAAUGGAAUGUUCCCUCAACAUUCAUAUAACCAAGAAAAAACAUUAUAACAUAAAUGUUAGUAAAAUAUUCUUAUACUAUAUUUUCUAGCUAGAUAAGCAAAUGAACAAGUUAGAUGGUAAGAUUAUGUUUACUAAGUAUGUUUUUUAGCAAUGCAAUACAAUAGUUUGCUAUAUUAACAGUGUCUUUAUAAAGCUUCAAACAGCCUUAGCAAAGGUAUUCUGUAUCUAUAUGACAGAUGUUUCAAUGGCUGAUAAAUGUGAAUAUAUUUAGUCAGUACAUCAUUAAUGUUGUUUAUUUAUAAACAGAUAACCGAAUGAAUUCCUCAGGCCCACAGUAACAAAAUAAAGCAAUACAAAUACGACAAAUGCGACCUCUGCAACGUGCUUAUUUUAAAAAACGCCUUAAAUUUGAUUGCUUGUAUUCUGGUUUUGCCGCAUUUGGACAGUUAUUGCUCUGAAUCCGUGUAUAAUUCCCUUUAACCAAGCAUAUUUUGUAAUCCGCUAGCAUGAGACGUUCAGUAUGUUGUGUGCUGCAGCUUAGUUCAGGAGCAUCCCUAAUGAUCUGAUUAAGAUGUUUUCUAUUUCAAAUUGAGGAAAGAGCACCAUUUGGAUGCGCUGAGAGAUAAUAUCAUAUAUCAUGCCGUGUGUUGUGAUGCAGCGGCCUGCAGGGCAUUGUGGGAUGUCUUCAGACCGCGCCGCAGCUGAGGUACUCUUUCAGACUCGUUCACAGAGGAUAAAGGAAACCUUUUGUUGCCGUGAAGGGUUGUUCCCUAGCAACAGGGUUGCAUUCGGAUGCCUAGGUAACGGUCAAUAAAUAACAUCACUCUCAAGUUUCGGCUAGUUUGGAGACUGAGGUCUUACUCUGGAGUAGAUCUGUAGGCCUUUCAGAACGGACUUUAAACCCAACGUGCAACACUUAGAUGUAGUUUGCAUGAUAAUGAAUGAAACAAACAUAUAACAUGAACAUAUUUGAAGUUAUUUCACUUUUGGUGGUGUUCUGCAAAGAUGCAUGACUUGAACACUCAACAGCCAUGCAAACUUUGGGAGGGAAUGAUAAAUGCCCUAAACAGGUUAUUCAUUGACCCGUACAAGACCUCCUUAACCGAUACAUCCAGAACUAGAGGGAGACAGCUUAAUAAACUUUUUUAGUUUAAUAUGAGCAGUGGACACAGCUGGAGUUCUGUGUAGUGACUGAUCAGAAGUUCUCAGUAGUGGAUCAAUUAUAAUAUCCAGUAUCACAGUGGAAGAGUCUGGCUGGGUGCCGCGGGGCAGGUUUGUCCAGUCUGAUGAGUCUGAGCUGGACGAGGAGGGUCUAACACCCUGCGAUCAGCACCAGGAGAUCACUGCUUAAACCAGCCCUACAGAUGAUUAAACCCUGCAAAAUACAGUCAUCAUACAAUAUCUCUUCUGCCAUCUGAAGUUAAUUAACGUAGUUCUCCGUACAGUCUGUUGCAUGCCACACUGAAAACGUUCUUAAUGUGAAGU